GCGUAGUGACGGCGGCGCGGGGUUAGCUGGGAGCGCUCGCAGGGAGGCCGGUCGGCGGGGCGAGAGGGGGGCACCGCAGCACGGCACCGGCGGGAUGUGGUACGAGAUCCUGCCCGGCAUGGCCAUCAUGGGCGUCUGCCUCGCCAUCCCCGGCCUCUCCACCAUCUACAUGCACCGCUGGAGUAACGGCGGCAAGGAGAAGAGGAUCGCCCGUUAUCCCUACCAGUGGGCGCUGAUGGAGAGAGACAGGCGGGUGUCGGGGGUCAACAAGUACUACGUGUCCAAGGGUCUGGAGAACAUAGACUAAGGUGAUGGCUCUUCUGAAGAAUCCCCUUACCUAUAUAAAAUGAUUUAACUCUAAUAAAGACAUACAUGUAUACAAACCUUGCAUCUGCUGCUCUUGUAUGGUGACCCCACCUGGGUGCCAGAUGCCACCAAAGCUGCUCUGUCAGUCCCCUCCUCAGCUGGACAGAGGAGAGAAUAUAUAAGAAUGGAUGGGUACAGCAGGACAGAACAGAGUGUAAACAGGAGGAAGCCAGGUGGGCUGGACUUGCUGUUUGCACACACCUGCAGAACUCCAGGCCAGACAUUACAGGACUUUUAUUUUCUUUAUACAAACAUACAGGACAUCUCUCUGCUGCCAGAAGUACAACACAGAGAUUUAGGUGAACAAAACAACCAUCUAGAAAACACUUUGGUUUUAAAAGCAUCUGAGAAAAAGGCGGCUCAGGGCAUAUGUUUGGAAAUAUGCAGUUGAAUCACAGAAGCACUAUCCAGAGUAAGCCUCCAAGUACAGUUUAAAGAAAUGCAUAUAAUACUGCUAAACCAGACCAAAUUAAAAUAGCAGAGAAAUUAAAAUAGGAUUUUACUAUAGACACUUCCAUAAACAAAGGAAUUUCAAAUAAAUUGAAAGAUACAUCCUUGUUACCACCUGUGUACAUCCAGGGGUUCCAAUCACUGCACCUACUGCUCCCGAUACCUAUGUAUGACAUAGGAGAAAAAGAAGCAAGCAACUUAGUUCUUCACCGCAGGCCUCCAUGGUUAUGUAAUACACCUAAGACACCAAGUUGCAAUCUGCUUGCUUUAAAGUAACUGAAGCCCAUCUGUAUUAAAUUACAAACUCAUUUCUAUUUACAAGUCUAGUUUGAACCACAAACUAAACAAAAUUGUGUUGAGUUAAAAAAAACAAAA